AUGUCUACACACGAUUCCCAGCAUUCAGACGAAGAAGCAGUCUGCAUCUGCAUGGUGGACGGCCACCGUUUCAAAUUCGACGACAGCGUGCCCGACGAAGUAACCGAGCUAUUUGACAGCCUCUCCCAACGAAAUGCCAAAUUCUCCGAGAUCCCCACCGAAUACCUGAGGUACGAAAUUGAGUACGAUGCAUGGGCGGAGACAGACAACGUCAUCAUUGACGGGCACGUGUUUGCCGUCAACUACGACGUACCUGCCGACGCGACUGCUGCGCUGAUCGAGCUGGCCAAGCGUGAGAGCGUCCGAUAUGCCGAUGUUCCAGCGGCUUAUAGGCAGUACGAGGACCCCAGCAGUGACUGGGUCCAAGAUCCGGAUUUUCCCGCGUCGGCGAUAACCUACGUCCAGGAUGACUCGGAUGAAGAUAUACCGUAUAGCGAGAGCGACCAGGAUGAAGAAGACGGAGAGAAGGAGUCAAUGGUACAAGAGGAUAAGAAGAACGACAAAUGA